CGGCCCCGGGUGGUGCGGCCCUGGGCGGUCCCCGCGGGCAGGAGGGGAGGCGGGAGGCGCUGGGCGGCGGCGCAGAGUGCAGCAUGGCGUAUCCCGGGCAUCCCGGCGCCGGCGGCGGCUACUACGCAGGCGGGUACGGAGGGGCUCCCGGAGGGCCUGCGUUUCCCGGACAAACUCAGGAUCCGCUGUAUGGUUACUUUGCUGCUGUAGCUGGACAGGAUGGACAAAUAGAUGCUGAUGAACUGCAAAGAUGCCUGACACAGUCGGGCAUUGCUGGAGGAUACAAACCUUUUAACCUGGAGACUUGCCGGCUUAUGGUUUCAAUGCUGGAUAGAGACAUGUCAGGCACAAUGGGUUUCAAUGAAUUUAAAGAACUCUGGGCUGUACUGAAUGGCUGGAGACAACACUUUAUCAGUUUCGACAGUGACAGGAGUGGAACAGUGGAUCCCCAAGAACUGCAGAAGGCCCUGACAACAAUGGGAUUUAGGUUGAGUCCCCAGGCUGUGAAUUCGAUUGCAAAACGAUACAGCACCAAUGGAAAGAUCACCUUUGAUGAUUACAUCGCCUGUUGCGUCAAGCUUCGAGCUCUAACAGACAGCUUUCGAAGACGGGAUACUGCUCAGCAAGGUGUAGUGAAUUUCCCAUAUGAUGAUAUGGUCUAUUCGAGGACACCAUGAAACAGAAAAGAAAGAACCGCCAGCAGUAUCCCAACAAAGCUUCUGCAAGAGAAACAGUGACUGGGAGAAAAACAGGAUUAAAGGGAGUCAUCGUCAAAAUAACAUAAAUCUUUUAUUUAAAGUCACUUUAUUGAUGUUACAAUGAGAAUAACAUAGAAAACCGUGGUACCUUAUUAGCUUCAGAAGUGAAUACUAAUAAAAUUGUGCCAGAAAUCUGAAUCUUAAGUUACAGUGACCUAUUAAAAACAGCAAGAUUUUAUUUACCUACAGUAAAACAACUUUAUAACUUGAACAGCCAUGAAACAAAUCACACUUGAUCUGGAAAGCAGUUGCCAUAUAUUUCAGUUGCUGUUUGCCAAAACCCAGUAGUAACAUUUAAAGUAGCUUAAGAACCCGAAGUGCAGGGUAGCAGAGAGAACAGAAUAUUAAAAUGAAGCCAAACUAUAUACACCUAAUUAUCUGAUUACCGAAAGUGAAACUAUGCUGCCAUUAACACUUUCCCAUAAAGUGGCUUCCACUUCCUGUAGGUGGGACAUUACCCCUCCAAGAUGACAGAUGUGGAAAACACUAGUGCAGACCUACGCUGGCUAACAUAUAACUGCUAUGUUUAGGUGAAAAAGCUGUUUCUAAAGGGAGUUGUAUUUUUGUGAUGCUAAAUUGGAGGGGCAAGUCUUCCACCAAGUUAAAAAAAGGAGCACAUGCUUAUUAUUCUGAAUUAACAUUUGCUAAGCACUUUUGAAGUUAGUGUUAAAAAAAAAAUUGUCUUUCAUACAAAACAAAGAUGUUGGGUUAUUUUUUCCCAUUAAAAAGACUAGCUAAAGAAUCACAGUUUGAUUUUGUGCUGGAUUAAAAAGGAAAAGUGGGGUUUCUCAUCAGGCAGUGAUACAAGUGUAUAAUUUAGCAAGAACUCUUGUAUUACCACUGAAUCAAUGUAUUAAUUUCUAUCAGCACUUUCUGUAUUGUGUCAUCUGGUAUAACUUAGCACCGCUGUAUUUAAAGAUUUGGGGGCUAUUUGCAUUUUUAAGGGCUUGAUCAUCAAAACACAAAUCCACAUCCAAAACUUCAUAAAAGAAAAAGCUAAGCCCUAAAGUAAAUAUAGAUUGGUAUUAUAUGCAUAUGUAUUUUCAACUUGAGAGGAAAACGCCCUUUUCUUCAUAAACUCAUAAAUUCUUCAAAAAGUAUAUUGAUGGUUUUGUAAGCACAUUAUCUUAACAUUUGGUAGUCUCAUUGUAUGCCUUUUCGUAAAAAAAAAAAAAAAAAAAAAUACACUUUUUCUCUGGUUUUGAUUUCAGGGAUACCAAAAUAUGAAAUGAUGAUGUCCUUAAGCCAAACUCCUGCAGCCUUUAAGCACCUCCAGAUCCAUACAGGUUCUAUGAAAAAUGGAACAGGACAUGCCACACCAGUCACUGGCCCAUUGUGACUGGACAAUGAGGACUACACAGCCAAUGCUCAGUAAAACUACCAAGCACACAGAUCUGCCCUAAUCACACAAUACACACCACCAGGGGCCAACUUGUGCUCUUCUGAGCUCUCCCUGAAGCUCUCCAUCCUGCUCCUUCCCAGGGCUAACUGCCCCAUAACCUCCCAAGGCUCGCUGUUUCUCACCUGCCCUCCAGCCUGAAGCACACCCUGAGAACCAAUUUCUUGGUGACAUCCCAAGUUGCACAAUCCAUGCCCAGAUGCUAACGGAAGGCUAAACGUACCUCUCUCCCGAUUCUGUGCCCCCAAUGGUUCCACGAGUGCCAGUCCAGGCAGAGGGACUUGCCUCCAUGACAGUGAAGGUUCCUAGUCAGGAGAAAAGGUCUGACAGCUACUGAACAGGGAGUGGCUUUGGAAGUAGAAGGGGUCUGGAAACAUCUCGCAAACCCACAGUGAGAAUGCUUAUGGUUUGUCAGAUUCUGGAUAAAAAGGACAAAAAUACUGGGCAGCUUUUUGUUCCGUUUCUGACUGUUUUCUCCUUAUAAACUGAACCAGAAGAUGCUCCAUUUGGGGUACUCUGACAAGCUGACAAGCAGAAAUACCCGAUUUCUAAGACCCUACUCUAUCCUUGUUUGCUCUGCCUCUGCAGGCAUGCUGGAAAAUUCCUCUUGGAAUUAAAAGCACCUGCCCAGGGAGCAUAUGCUAUGAGCAUGUGCCAAAGGUUCCCAGCAGAUGUCGCUGCUUCGACCCCCGCCCCCCCCAACCCCUACCCCAAAUCCCCACCCCAACAUACAGAACCGGAUAGGCUGCUGCCUGUCAGCUAAUUUUCAGGUGCACAGUCUCAGCAUCUCACAAUCUCAGAAACACAGGAAGCUGUUCGCGAAAGUUCUUAGCUGUCUCAUGCUGGAGGAAAGUUGCUGCUUCCAAAAUCUGAAUUGUCUUAUCCAUUCAGAAAAUAUCUCAGAGGAGAAAAAAUUUAAAGGUUGAGCCUCCAAUUAAGUCCUAUUCCAUAGAGAUGUUUGCUUCGUAUAUUUUAAGCUAAUAGAAUAAGAAAUUCUUGACUUCACUUACGCAUUUAUCAGUUUUAAAGGAAACACAGACGAGGAGGGGAAGAUACUUAGGAGCAUUAAAAAGUAGACAUUAUGCUGCAAAUGAGAGUCAGACGUUUCAUGUAAAAUUCUUGUCAAUUUACCAACUGGUACCUUUGCAUUUAAAAUACGCUGCCCAGGGACUUACCUGGGGACCAGUGGUUAAGACUCAGAGCUUUCUGUGAGAGGAGCACAGGUUCUCCCUAGUGGGGAAGUAAGGUCCUACAUGCCGCUUGGCCAAAAAAAAAAAAAAAAAUUGCUGCCCAUAGAACAGCGUCCUGUAACGGGGUGGUGGCCUACUAGGCUGUGGAGGGGCUAGCCUGCCUCCCUUCAUUCUCUCACUGCCUUUAUUCAGUGGUCCUCUUCCCAUAUUCCUGGCAAACUACUCAGUAAAUUCCAGUAAGUUCCUUUUACUUUAAAUUUAAAUAAAGUGAAAUAAAAUAGU